UACCAGAACCGAAUCACUCUGGACCGGGUCUCUGCAGAACUUAUCAUGAAAAACGGCACAUAUGAAGACAGUGGAGUAUAUAAACUGUAUAUGGACAUAAACCAAGAGCUGCAUACACUUCAGUAUACACUUGAGGUUAUAGACAAAGUAACCAAACCCAACAUAUCCUGUGAGAUGAACGACACAAAGCAGGCGGUGCUCGUGUGCUCAGCAGAGUCCAAACAUCCUCAUUUGUUAAACUUUAAGUGGAACUCAGGUGGAAAUGAGCAGACUGGAGAACGUUUAACAAUAACUGUCAGGAAUGAAGAUGAUGAUCAAGUUCAUCAUUGUAAAGUCAGCAACCCUCGGACCAAUGAAACUGCUUCAUUCACUGCUAAGGACUGCUUCCUGGAUAAAAUAUCAUAUGCUUACCAGACAAUUGCCAUGGUAUCCUACAUCAUCAUUCUGAUCAUCAGUUUCAGUUGCUAUGUUAAGUACAUAAAGAGUCACUGUUCAAAAGCUAAACCGAAUGAAAAGUUGAAGCCGGAAGAAAAUCUUGACUCAGGCAUGAACACUAUCAUCCCACUUGAAGAUACCGGAGGGAAACAUCAAGUUUAUGGAGAAAAUGUGAGACAGGAAGAUGACUUACAGAGUUCAGCAACACUCAUCAACAAGCGAGUAGAAGAAAUCAGGGCACUGAUAUUUACUAUCACAUCCCUCACCCUGACACUCGGAAGGUCCUGA